GUACACACACCAAAACAACUGGAUUAAAAUAUUCACGAGAAAGAUAGAAACAAAUGCCCUGUCCUCUUAGUCUCAAAACCUCUUUGCACUCCACAUUGUUUUGUUUACUACUAUAAACAAAACCUCUCUCCCUUACCCUCUCUUCUGUGCCUUCCCAUUUUUCUCACUUCACACAGAAAGCCACUUAAUUUCUCUGUGGUCACCAAUGGAAGUUAAUAAUACAACUACUAUUGUACCUUCAGGGCCACCUAUUGUUUCUACAAAGAACCAUACUUUCAUACACCAUUUCCAUCACUUACAUUCAGAUAAAAAUUACCAUAGCCAUGCUCGCCAUUUUCCCUUCAAAACCGUUCUCUUAAUUGUCACAUUGGUUGCCUUAAUUAUGCUCUUCUUUACCAUUUUCAUGGUUGUUUGCUUGAUCCGUCGCCAAAAAUCUUCAAGCAAAAAUGGGAUUUACAAAGAGGAUUGUGAGAGUAGAGUGCUUCAUGAUACAAGCAGCAGACACAUAGCUUCAACAAUCUUGUCCUUUGAUUCUAGCCCAGAUGUUAAAGGUGGGUGUCUUUAUGGGGGAAAUCUGAGCAGGACACCAACAACACCUAAAUUUAAAGGAGUGCAAGUUUUCACGUAUAGAGAGCUAGAAGCUGCUACAGGUGGAUUCAAUGAAGCAAAUGUGAUUGGUAAUGGAGUAAAUGGUUUGAUGUAUAAAGGAGUCUUAACUGAUGGAACUUUGGCAGCAAUUAAGUUGCUGCACAUUGAGGGUAAGCAAGCAGAGCGUGGCUUCAAAAUAGAGGUCGAUCUUCUAAGCCAAUUGCAUUCUCCUUAUUUGGUGGAGUUGCUUGGCUAUUGUGCAGACCAACACCACAGGUUAUUGAUUUUUGAAUACAUGCCAAAUGGUACACUCCAAAACCAUCUUCACUCAACCAAUGAUAAAACUCAGCCAUUGGAUUGGUGGGCCCGGAUGAGGAUAGCCCUUGAUUGUGCUAGGGCCUUGGAGUUCUUGCAUGAAUAUGCUGUAUCACCCGUGAUCCAUAGAGACUUCAAGACUUACAAUGUUUUACUGGAUCAAAACUUUCGUGCAAAGGUGGCAGAUUUUGGAUUGGCUAAGAUAGGAUCAGAAAAGAGAAAUGGCCAGGUUUCUACCCGUGUGUUGGGGACCACAGGAUAUUUGGCACCAGAGUACGCCUCCACAGGUAAGCUUACUACAAAGUCAGAUGUUUACAGCUACGGGGUAGUUCUUCUCGAAUUGCUGACAGGACGUGUACCGGUUGAUAUUAAGCGCCCCACUGGAGAACAUGUUCUUGUCUCUUGGGCUCUUCCAAGGUUGACAAACAGAGAAAAAGUUGUGGAAAUGGUUGACCCAGUUCUACACGGGCAAUACUCAAAGAAGGCAUUAGUUCAGGUAGCUGCAAUCGCAGCAAUGUGCAUACAACCAGAAGCUGAUUACAGGCCACUAAUGACCGAUGUGGUACAAUCAUUGAUACCACUUGUGAGGACACAAUCUCUUUCCAGUUCACUAAGAUUUCAUAAACAAAUACCAAUUUAUUAAGUGUGCAUUAUCUUCAUUGUUCUGUGUGAGAAGAGCAUAAGCAGCCUAGAAAUAACUGCUCUACCUUCUUGGACUAAAAUGGUGCUUGGACAGAUAUAUGGUGAAAAAAAUUGUAAUUUCAUACUUGAUAGCACAUCCUCAUGUUGGCAACUUAGAUCUGCAUGGUUCCUUCACCUCUACCGAAAGGAGAAGAGAGUACAGAAGAAAAAAAAAGAGCAAAACAGACAACCCAAAUAAGCCUAAAGGGCCAACAAGGCCAGAGCCAUUUGCAUUAGUUAUAGAAGCACUUUGUUCUAUAUGUUUAUUUUAUUUUCUGUUCUAUAUGUUUAUUUUAUUUUCUGACGGAAAGACUCACUCGUCUAUCCGUUUUUUCUGUUGUGUUUGGUUGUAUAGAUAUUUUA